AUGGAGGCUGCCGCCGGCGUCGUUGUCCCCGCCGGCGGAAGUGGGAGCGCGAGCAGUAGAAUUGAGAGGAACAAUGCGGUUUUGAAGGACCCGUCGUGGUUCGGUCAGUUCAGAAACGGGUCGAACCCAUGGAUGGCUAGAUAUGUCUACGCACUCAUUUUUCUUUCCGCCAAUCUCCUCGCUUGGGCUGCUCGUGAUUAUGGCCAUUCCGCUUUGACCGAGAUGGAAAGGCUGAAAGUCUGUGAUGGGAAAUCGGACUGUUUGGGAGUUGAGGGGGUUUUGAGGGUGAGCUUGGGUUGUUUCGUCUUCUUCAUUCUUAUGUUCCUUUUGACCUUGGGGACUUCCAAGCUGCAAGAUCCGAGGGACGCGUGGCAUUCUGGGUGGUGGUCGGCGAAAAUUGCCAUCUGGGUUGGAGUCACUCUGCUGGCCUUCCUUCUUCCUUCCACCAUGGUCAGGAUCUACGGGGAGAUUGCCCAUUUCGGUGCAGGAAAGCAAGGUGCUGAAACGUGGUCGUUUGUUCGCGCGCAGAUAAAUGCCGGGUUCCUGGCACCUGGACUCAUGGGGCUUGAGCCGGCAGGGGAGAUUUGUAACAGGAAGGCAGAGGCUUCCAAGAGAACAGAUUGGCUCACCAUCAUAAGCUUUGUCAUUGGACUGUUGGCGAUCGUCAUAGCCACAUUUUCGACUGGAAUCGACUCGCAGUGCUUCCAGAAGAGCGAGACGCAAGGCAGUGGGGAAAAUGAAGAAGAUGAAGUGCCGUACGGGUAUGGAUUCUUCCACUUCGUGUUCGCAACGGGAGCCAUGUACUUCGCCAUGCUGUUGAUUGGCUGGAACACCCACCACGCCAUUAAAAAGUGGACGAUUGAUGUGGGGUGGACCAGUGCGUGGGUGAGAAUAGUGAACGAAUGGCUGGCCGUUUGUGUAUAUGUAUGGAUGUUGGUUGCACCGAUAAUACUGAAGAGCAGAAGGGCAGGGGGAUCACCGCCGGUUUAG